UUUUCAUCUGUCUAAGGCAUUAUGGGAUUCCUGUGUUUCAUAUAAAAGCUGAUAUUUCAAGUAACUGCACUCUCUUCUAUGACAGCGACUGGGAAAAAUACGUAUUUUCAAAGGCAUUUAACAUAAAUGUUUUGCUGAAUAACUAAAAGAACGCCUUUUCCUUAUUUGAUAACUGCUAAUUGGAAAAUCCUCAACAUCCGAGCCAUUCAGAAUAAAGAAGGGGCAACUUCCUCGAGUCAGGCAUUAUCUCACGAUUCUCACCUUUGAUUUGAAUAUUAUUGGACUUCUUACGAUGCUGCUGACCUCGCUGGGGUUUUUUGUAUUCCUACAAACUGCGAGUGUUUUGGGAGAACAGCAGACACCCUGCGAUGGUGUUGAGAUCGUAUGGCGCAAAGACUGGAAAGCGAGACCAUCCGUACGAAGUAGAACCGUUAAGCUGCCACUGCUCCAUGUCAUCAUCCAACAUACCGUCAGCCCUCCCUGCAAAACCAGGUCGCAGUGCAUUCGAAAUGUUCAGUUCAUACAGGAUUAUCAUUUGGAUUAUAAAGGUUGGGGAGACAUUGCGUACAACUUCUUAAUCGGAGGCGAUGGCAGAGCUUACGAAGGAAUCGGCUGGAACCAUGAAGGUGCCCACUCCAUCAAUUUCAACUGGAAAUCCCUGGGAAUCGCCUUCAUAGGAAAUUUUAUGGAAGUAACCCCAAGUCAGAAAAUGCUGGACGCCGCACUCAACCUUAUUAAAUGUGGAGUCAAGGAAGGGUAUUUGGCGCCAACUUACGAGCUCACUGGUCACCGGGAUGUCGCCUGUACAUUGUCGCCUGGCGAUAAAUUGUAUGAAAUCAUUCGCCAGUGGGACAACUACAAAGGAGGACGCCUGGAUUCGUAUGACUGCUCUGGAAAUUGAAAAUACAUGUCAUUAUGGAGAAUAAUAAAGAUAUAAGAAUAAUAA